AUGUCUGUUUCUUCUGAUACUUCAGGAUCAGUACCGGGUUCACCGAUCGAACUAGAGCCCGAGCCAGAAACGAUUUGUCGUUGGCAAGGAUGCAAUCAAGACUUAUUUACGCUUGACAAUUUAGUCCACCAUAUCCACAAUGGUCAUAUUGGGAAUCGUCGACCAAAGUAUACGUGUGAAUGGGAUGACUGUCCUAGAAAAGGACUAGUGCAGACUUCCAGGUUUGCCUUGAUAGCUCACUUGCGAUCACAUACAGGAGAAAAGCCAUUUAUUUGCUCUAUUCCCGAAUGUGAUCGUUCAUUUACGCGAUCAGAUGCUUUAGCAAAGCAUAUGCGAACUGUGCAUGAGGCUGAUACACUUCGGCCAUCUGAUCCCAUUCCAAAAGCGCACCCCAUGCAUCCUCAAAAUGUCGCCAAUGCCAUGGUACAAAGUGCAAGAGAGGCUAGAGCACAACAGCAGCAGCAACAAGGUACAGGAGUUCCAAAUGAAAACAUGGAAAACUGGCUGGAUGCUGCAGCUAUGCCAAAGAGCCCUCAUGAUAUGUAUCACUUACAAAAACUAAAACUCCAGUGGGUGAAGGAGGAACGGUUGAUGUUGAUGAAGCAUUUAGAAAAUGUCAACUUGAAGUCGGAACAAGCUCACAAUGAAAAAGAAAAAGCACUUGAUAAGCUGGUACAAUAUGUGGACCCUUCUAUACGCAGGUAA